AUGUUGGACAUCAACGACUUUGUCGCCGACCGUGGCGGUGAUCUCAACAAAAUCAGGGAGAGCCAGCGUCGUCGAUAUGCGCCCGAGAGCGUGGUGGAAGAGGUCCUGGAGCUGUUUGAAGCUGCCCGACGAGCUAGAUAUGAAGUUACACAGAUAGGAUCCAAAAUCAACGCCGUGCAAAAGGAGAUUGGCCAGAAGAAGAAGAACAAAGAAGACGCCACCGAGUUGUUACAACAAAAGAUCGACCUCGAAAAGCAAAAGAAGGAAGCCGAGGAGAGUGCACUCGCAAAGGAAAAGGAGCGCGAUAGGAAGAUCAAGACUAUUGGAAACUACGUUCAUGACUCAGUUCCUAUCAGCGAUAACGAGGACAACAAUGUCGUGGAACGUACUUGGGCACCGGAGAAUGUCGUUGUCGAGAAGCGCGACUGUCUCUCGCAUCAUGAAGUCCUUACCCGACUAGACGGCUACGACCCCGAACGCGGAGUGAAAAUCGUCGGUCAUCGUGGUUACUGCUUGACUGGCUACGGUCUCUUCCUCAACCUUGCACUCGUCAACUACGGUCUCGAGUUUCUUUUCAACAAAGGAUACAAGCCCAACCAGCCACCUCAUUUCAUGUUGAAGGAUGCCAUGGCCAAAACCGCACAACUGGAGCAAUUUGAUGAGGAAUUAUACAAGGUUUCUGAGAGUGAGGAUAAGGACACGGACAAGUAUCUUAUUGCUACCUCGGAGCAGCCAUUGUCGGCAUUGCACAGCGAGGAGUGGUUCCAGGAGGCGGAUCUCCCACUCAAAUACGCUGGUUUCAGUACCUGCUAUCGUAAAGAAGCAGGCUCUCACGGAAAGGAUGCUUGGGGUAUCUUCCGUGUCCACCAAUUCGAAAAGAUUGAACAAUUCGUCUUGACCAACCCAGAAAAAUCAUGGGAGGCCUUUGACGAUAUGAUCGCCACCUCCGAGGAAUUCUACAAGUCACUUGGGCUCCCUUACCAAGUAGUCUCGAUCGUGUCCGGUGCCUUGAACAACGCAGCCGCGAAGAAAUACGACCUCGAAGCCUGGUUCCCCUUCCAGGGCGAAUACAAGGAGCUCGUUUCCUGCUCCAACUGCACAGACUACCAAACCCGAGAAUUGGAGAUUCGUUACGGUGCUAAGAAAGCCGACUCGAAGAAGGCAUACGUUCACGCGUUGAAUGCUACUCUCUGUGCCACUGAGCGAACACUGUGCUGCAUCUUGGAGAACUACCAGACUGAGGAUGGGUUCAAUGUUCCUGCCCCUCUGCAAAAAUACAUUCCCGGAGCUCCCACUUUCCUCCCCUACACCCGUGAACUGCCAAAGGAUACAACCUCUGCUAAGAAGGGCAAGGGUGGCGUGGCAGGAGCAGCGAAACAGCUCAAGGAUCUUAAGGUUUGA